AAAUACUAUUAGGUUGUAAAAAACAAGAAGACAAAGAAAAUGCCUCCCAGAAGGAAAAAGAAAAGGCCCGCAAAGGUCAUAGACCUCGAAACAGUGAAUGAAACUGAAAACUCAAGUGAAACAUCUCCUAUUGAGACUAUACCACCAGUUGAAGACAGUGAAACUGUAAAACCCACUACAAAGAAGAAAAAAGGGAAGAAAAACAAGAAAACCGCUGUAUCGCCCGAUGAUUCAGUAGUAGAACCAGUAUGUCCCCCUGAAAGUGAAGAAGAAGCUAAAUCAGCACCUCAAAAAAGCUCUGUCAGAAAGCGACCUACUGCAGCAGACCUUAUAAUAUCAGAAGACCCCUCACCAGUUCCUGAAGUAAGCUCUGUCUCAGAAACCCUAGAUAUGAGCAGCGAGUCUUCUUCUAAAGUCUCAAGACGGGCUGCAGCGGUCGAUUUUAUGGACGAAUCGACCCUGGUCCCUGCCAAAACGAGAAAAUCCCCGAAUACCAAGGCUGCGCUUCCAAAAGAGGAGGUGGUUAAAGCACAUUCCUCUGAAACCGUGUCUCCAAACGAGAAUGAGGAGAUGACUGCGGAGGAGGAGGGGGAUGGUAUUGGAGGUGGCCUCGAGUUUCUAGGUUAUCCUAACUUUGAUGCUUACUCCAACUCUCUUCUGCCUGCAGUGGUUCAGUUCCUGAAGGUAACGAAACAGUUACCCAGCACAAAAGAUGAGUACGAUUUCUUCCUUUCUUACCCUUCCUUCAUGGCGUUCAGUAAAAAUCAGGGUCAAAGAGUCCUUCAACUCAUUGGCAAGAUAUUCAAACACCACCAUGUGUAUCAAGCCUGGAACACACUCCCCUCCAACACAGUCACCGGUAUAGAGGAACAGAGUGAGGCUGUUGUAGAGGCUAACGACACUCUGCUGGAGAGAGUUGAUAAGAUACUCGACAUGUUGAAACAGAACAAGAACGAGAAUAAACUCGAAGUGCAGCAGAAAUCUUCUAAAAACGUGCUGGUAGCCGCAUGGAACGCUAACAGUAACACCCAGCAAAACAAACCUAUUCGUCUGCUCCACAGUAAGAACAUCCUCAGACCGCAGUUGAGGUGGAAAGUGAAACCUGACAACACCAGUGUUCCCUUCGUCCCUAACAUAAAACACAAACCUAACGCUAAGGUGCCCCUACCAGAGAUUUACAAAUCACUGCUAAAUGAUGGACAGGAUAUAAAUCUAACAGUUUUCUUGAAAUCAGCAAGAGGAGAUCAGAAUGUCGACUAUCCUCAUCCCUAUCAGCAUGAGUUAGAAACUUUGGAUCUACGACCAUGGCAGCACGAACUAGGACUAAAACAGGAGCCCAAGGAGGUAAAGGACACCCCCCUCACCAUCAUAGAUCAACCUGAUCAAAUACCAGACCUCGUCAGGAAACUGGAGCAAGCUAAAGAGAUAGCAGUGGAUCUGGAGGCCCAUAGUUACAGAUCCUAUCUAGGAUUUACUUGUCUCAUGCAGUUAUCAACAAGAACAGAGGACUUCAUAGUGGACACGUUAUCACUGAGAACUGAGUUGUUACCAUUAAAUACUGUGUUUACAAAUCCCGCCAUACUCAAGGUACUACACGGUGGUAUAAAUGAUAUCAGGUGGUUGCAACGGGACCUGGGACUUUACAUUGUGAACAUGUUCGACACCUACCAUGCGUCCAAACAGCUGGGUCUGCCGAGAUGUAGCUUAUCUUAUCUACUACACAAAUACUGUGACGUUACUGCAGAUAAACAAUACCAGUUAGCUGAUUGGCGAAUAAGACCGUUACCCGACGUAAUGAUAAAGUACGCUAGAGAGGACACCCACUACCUUCUAUAUGUGUACGACUGCUUGAGAUACGAACUUCUCAAUCAAGGAAUGCACACACUAGAAAGUGUAUACCGGAACAGUACUCUGGAUUGUCAGCACACAUUCCGAAAGCCUGUGUUUACUCAGGAAUCCUACAUGGAAGUUUAUCACAAAAUACGAAUCGCUCUCAAGCCACAGCAAAAAGAGUGUUUGAAGUUGAUAUACGCGUGGAGGGACCAUACAGCUAGGAGUGAAGAUGAAAGUACAGCAUUUGUACUGCCAAACCACAUGAUGUUCAAAAUAGCUGAACUACUACCGGGAGAUCAGGAGGGUAUCCUAGGUUGCUGUAACCCACCCCCGCCUCUGGUGCGCCUGCACGUGCAAGAGUUACAUCUAAUCGUGGAGAAAGCGCGCCACUACAACCCCCUCCUUGAUCCAGCUAAUAAUAUCAGUGUUAACGAAGCGGAGUACACUCCUGGUUUUCUUGAUAUGACCCAUCAGUCAUCAGUAGAAAGCAUUUUCACGCCCAAGCAAACUCCAGCUCGCCGUAUCAAAGAACGCAAGGAAAUAUUUUACAUUCCCAAAUCUGGACCCGAUAUAAAAAUCAAGAACAAGUCUGCAAUCGAGGAAGAUUGUGCAUCAAUAAUAUCAGAAACGGGAACUAUCUCCGAAUCAGUGUCUUCUCUCCAGUUCUUUGACACAGACGCCAUUAAAAAUGAAAUUACGGACGCUGUAAGGUCAGUAACCGACUCAAUGUCAGCACCCUUCAGAAUGUUCAUGACGAAGAUUGCUCAAUUAAGAGACGAAGAGAAGAAAAAGGAAGAUGAAACGCCCGAGCCAGUCAACCCAAUCCAAGACAUCGUUCCUCCAGAAAAUAAAGAAGAAACAAAUGAGGAGGAUUCUUCUGUUAUAAUCUUCAAACAACCUAAUAAACGCACCUCAGAGGAAGCAGGAGACCUGAGAGCCACAACCAAACGCAGGAAGAAGACGGUGGGUGAGUUAAAACCGUUUAGUUACGAGGAAGUCACCAUGACAAGUCUAGCUGCGGAAGAAGAAGUGAAGCCCCUGGAGCAGGGUGAUAUGUUAAAUAAGGGAGACGAUAGUCGGGCAACUUCUAUCAGGCAGAGGACUAAUAUAAAGUCCGGUAAUAAGUCCAGUUUUCAGAAGUUUUUGAAGAAAAAGUUUAAGAAGUGAUCCGAUUUUUUUCUUUUUAAUUUUAGGGUAAUUUAUUCAGUUUUUAUUGAGUGGUUGUAAACUGUUUUAUCUUUUUUAAGUAUUAUAGCGACAAGAUUUGUUAUUCAUUUUAACAGACAUUCUUAAAUGAUUAUCUUUCUGCUG